AUGAAAAACUCCAUCAACGUCAGAAUUCAAGGCCACCCAUUGAAACUGGUAGAGAUUGAGGGGUCCCACACUGUUCAGAAUGUGUAUGAUUCCCUUGAUGUGCAUUUGGGGCAGUGCUAUUCAUUCCUGGUGACUGCUAAUCAAAAACCAAAGGACUAUUACUUUGUGGUUUCUACACGGUUCACCAAAAACGUCCUCAGCACCACUGCCACCAUCCGAUAUGAAGGUGGCAAUGGCCCUGCCUCUUCUGCGUUGCCCGAGGCACCGGUCGGGUGGGCCUGGUCCCUCAAUCAGUUCCGUUCCUUCCGCUGGAACCUGACAGCAAGUGCAGCCAGGCCUAAUCCUCAGGGCUCUUACCACUAUGGCCGGAUUAACAUUACGCGCACAAUCAAGUUGGUCAAUUCAAUUGGCACCGCUGAUGGCAAGCUUCGAUAUGCUGUCAAUGGCGUAUCGCACAAAGAUCCAGAAACUCCAUUAAAGCUGGCUGAAUUCUUUGGGGUUGCAGAAAAAGUGUUCAUAUAUGACACUACUGGGGAUGAACCACCUGCAAAAACAAGUGAUAAGAUCACAGUUGCACCCAUUGUGCUCAACGCCACUUUCCGAAACUUCGUUGAGAUCAUAUUCGAGAAUCAUGAGAAGAGUGUCCAAUCAUGGCAUUUGGCUGGAUAUUCCUUCUUCGCUGUAGCGAUUGAACCAGGCAGAUGGACACCAGAUAAGAGGAAGAAUUACAAUCUUUUGGAUGCAAUAAGUAGGAACACAAUCCAUGUAUAUCAAAAGAGCUGGGCAGCCAUUAUGACUACACUAGACAAUGCUGGAAUGUGGAGCUUAAGAUCACUGACUCUUGAAAGGCAGUAUCUGGGGCAGCAGCUAUACAUCAGUGUACUCUCCCCAGAGCACUCUCUUCGUGAUGAAUACGACCUUCCUGACAAUACUCCAUUGUGCGGAAUUGUCAAGGGUUUGCCUAUGCCAAAACCCUACACUACAUGA